AUCAUUGGUAAUAAAGUUUGUUUAAAGCGGUAGAUAAGCCAACGACGACGUUGCUUAACUAUAAAGGUCUAUGUAUCAACAGUUAGACAUUAGUUUAAGACAUUUAACCACCACAAAUUGCUGUUCGCAGCCAAAACGGUGGAAAUACAAAUCGCUUAAGUAUGUCCAAACUGUACCUCGCUACCUUGUUGGUGGCAUUUUUGUGCGUCACAGCUUUUGCUGCACCACUCGACGAGCAAGAUGUGGUAACCGGUAGAGCGAAUGCGCCGGAUGGUAAUGACUAUCGUCUGCCCCUGGAAAUAACUCCAUCGCACUACAACCUCAAGCUGACGCCGUAUCUACAGGAAAGUGAUGGCAAUAAGCGAUUCACCUUCGAUGGUGAAGUUACCAUACAAAUCAAUUCGACCAUCAAUACGAAAACAUUGGUUUUGCAUUCGAAAAACUUGAAAUAUAAGACUAAAGAAUUAUGGGCUGCAGACGCACCCAACACUAAAAUUCCUUUGGGCGAGGGCACAUUAAAUGCGGUCACCGAUAAAAUCCAAUACAAUUUAUCUGUAGAAUUGGUAGCGAGAAAAACCUAUUUCUUGCAUUUCGUCUACAAUGGCACCAUGGAUGAUGAUAUGCAUGGUUUCUACCGUAGCUCCUAUGUGGAUUCCAAUAAUAAUACAAAAUGGAUUGGUUCGACGCAAUUCCAAACGAAUCAUGCACGUCGCGCCUUCCCCUCAUUCGACGAACCAAAAUUCAAGGCUACCUACAAUGUGACAAUUAGACGCCCCAAAGUAUUCAACUCCUUUGGCAACACACGCAUUUUGCGCACCGUCACCGAUGGCGAUUAUGAGGAAGAUGUCUACGUGCAAACUCCACGCAUGUCCAGUUAUCUGCUCGCUUUCAUUGUGUCCGAGUUUACGCAACGCAAUAACGAUAAAUUCGGUGUAAUUGCACGCAAAGAGUACUACGAUCAAACCGAAUAUAGUUUCAAUGUGGGACAAGAAAUUUUGGCCGCACUUGAUAAUUACUUUGGCAUUAAGUAUUACGAAAUGGGUAAUGAUAAAAUGCAUAUGGCGGCUAUACCCGACUUCUCUGCCGGUGCCAUGGAGAACUGGGGUCUCUUAACCUACAGAGAACGUGCCUUGCUGUACGAUAAGAGUUCGACUACCUUGAGUGCCAAGCAAUCGAUUGCCGGCGUGGUGGCACACGAACAGACCCAUAUGUGGUUCGGUGAUUAUGUCACAUGCGAUUGGUGGAGUUACACAUGGUUGAAUGAGGGCUUCGCACGCUACUUCCAAUACUUCGGUACCGCUAUGGUCGAGAAAACCAUGGGGCUGGACCAACAAUUUGUUGUCGAUCAAGUGCAAACCGUGAUGGGUAUGGACUCUACCAAUAGCACGAAUCCGAUGAGUGAUGAAAAUACAAACACCCCAAGUGAUUUGUCGCGCAUGUUCAACAGUAUUUCUUACAACAAGGGUGGCAGUUUUAUACGCAUGGUCCGACAUGCAAUGGGCGAGGAAAACUUUAGGAAAUCACUAAAUGCUUACCUAAACAAACACAAAUACACCAACACCAUUCCAGUCAAUCUUCUAACCGUCUGGCAAGAAUAUUGGCCAGCUGAGACCAAGAGUUAUGCCGAAAACGUAUUCAAGAGUUUCACAAACCAAGUCGGUUAUCCACUCAUCACUGUCACGCUAUCCGCAGACAAGAAGAGUUUCUCCGUCAAACAAGAGCGUUUCCUGCUUAAGGAUCAAAAUAUCGCCGACACUAAAUUACUCUACACUGUGCCAAUCUCAUAUACAACUAGCGAACAGAAAAAUUUCGAAGAUACUACACCUAAAUUUUAUCUGGAUGCAACAGCAUCGCCAGUCACAUUUAACUUACAGAACAGCAUUGAUUGGCUCAUUCUAAAUUUACAAGAGUCUGGCUAUUAUCGUGUCAACUACGAUGCCAAUACUUGGGAUGCCAUACAUAAGGCAUUGCACUCUGCCAACUGGGGUAGCAUCCAUGAACUUAAUCGUGCUCAAAUAGUCGACGAUUUGCUCAAUAUUGCACGUUCUGGUAUCUUGUCAUACGACAAAGCUUUGGAAGUGCUCGAGUAUUUGGAGAGCGAAACGAACUACCUUCCUUGGACGUCAGCCUUCAAUGGUUUCUCCUACAUCAAUAUACGUCUUGGUAGCGAUAAUAAACAAUUUGCCGAAUACAUACUCGAACUAACGAAUAGGGUGUACAGAAAACUUGGCUUUGUCGAAGCCGACUCGGACAGUGCUUUGGAUAUCUAUAAUCGUGCAAAGGUACUGUCGUGGUCCUGCAAAUUCGGCAAUACCGAGUGUAUCAGUAAAUCAAAAGAAUAUUUUGCCAAAAUUAAUACCACUCCUGUACCAGUUAAUAUCCGUUCGGCGGUGUACUGUAACGCUAUGCGUUAUGGCAAUGAAAACGAUUACGAUACAUUGUUCAACAAAUUUUUGACAAGUAACUCGGCGACUGAACAAACCCUGAUACUGAAUACAUUGGGUUGUGUCAGAGACGAAAAACUGGUUGAAAAAUAUUUCAAUGCUAUUGUGGGUGAACAAGUACGCCGUCAGGAUAAGUCGAGCGCACUCAGCGGUCUUUACAGUGAAAAUAAUGAGAAUAUCGAUCCAGUCUUCAAAUUGGUCACGGAGAACGUUGAGGCACUGAAAGAGUCUUUGGGCAGCUACGCUUCUGUUGCCACCGUAAUCUCCAAUAUUGCCGCACGUUUCACCACCGAAGAACAACAAAAGAGUCUGAAGGCGUUCAACGAGAAGAACAAGGAUACAUUUGGCAGUGCCCACUCCACACUUGUGGCAGCUGAGAAGACAGUCGCAGAGAAUUUAGCUUGGGCCUCGAACAGAUUAGGACAAUUUAAGACCUAUUUAGAUAAGCGUAACGGUGCUGCAACCAACACAAUUGCCAUUCUAACAAUGCUUGUAUGCGCUCUCGUCGGUCGCUUCCUGCAAAGUGUUGGAUUAUAUGAAAACUUGCAGAACGCAUUCAACACUCUGAGCGAACAGUUUGGCGUGAAGAGGAUUUUUCACAGAAUUUUUCAUUGUUUUUGUUUUAUCUUUUAUUUUUAUUUUCGUCUAAUUCAAAUUGUAUUAAAGUCGAUCAUUUGGACCGUAAAAACAGUGCCUGUGUGUGUGUCUUCAAUGAAUUUAUCAAUAACAACGCUGCUGCUGCUGCUAUUGGGAUGCGGCGCUGUCAUUUGUGACGUCACUACGUAUGACGAAGCCUCAGAGCCAACGUAUCGCCUAAGCGCGCAUAUAGUGCCCGUAGCUUAUGAUAUUUGGCUAAAACCAUAUCUAUUGGCCACCGAUGGAGCGCGCCGAUUCACUUUUGAUGGUAAAGUUAAUAUAACAUUGCAUUCCACCAGCACUGGUGUGCGCGCAAUCACUUUACAUAAGAAUCUCAUCGAGAUAACUGGUGUUUGGCUUUACGACAACAACAAUGCCGCUAAACUCAUACAGUCAUUUAGCAAUGAUGAAUUGACCUACGAUCAGACAACACAGCAGUUGACAGUGUUCUUGAAAGAUCAGCUAACGUUGAAUAACAACUACACGCUGCACUUCGUGUAUACAGGGCAAAUACGUGAUGGCUUGCAGGGAUUUUUUCGCGCAAAUUACACUGACGGUGCGGGGAAGGAAAAAUGGAUCGGUGUAACACAAUCUCAGCGAAUCGAUGCGCGCUCCAUAUUUCCUUGUUUCGACGAGCCCGCCCUUAAAGCCACAUUCCGCUUGGAAAUGAGUCGACCAGCUGAGUACAAUACAGUAUUCAAUACGGAACUGUUAGAGAGUGUACCAGAUGGUGCUGACCGCUAUUUAGAUCGCUUCGCUGCGACGCCACCAAUGUCCACAUAUUUAUUUGCAUUCAUCAUUUCCGAAUUCGAGAAAUAUGGAAGUGAUGAUCUUAAAAUAGUUACGCGCGCAGAAUACCAAAAUAAUACACAUUUUGCUUAUGAAGUGGCGGAGCGAGCUAUCAAGGCUUACGACGAAUACACCCAACAGCCAUACAAGCAGUUGGGACUGCCUCUAAUGCAAAUGGCUGGAUCACCGAGAUUUCCACAUAACGGAAUGGAAAAUUGGGGUUUAAUUAUUUAUAGUGACGAUGUGCUGGUUAACGUACCGGGUUACACCGAUGGCUGGUCGAAUACCGAGUACACACUCACCAUAAUCGUGCAUGAGACAGCGCACAUGUGGUUUGGCAAUAGUGUCACAUUCGAUUGGUGGAGUUAUUUCUGGUUAAAUGAGGCAUUCGCGCGCUACUAUCAGUACUUCAUGGCGCACAAGCUAUAUCCGGCAUAUCAGUUAGACCAACAAUUUGUUGUGAAUCAAGUGCAUUUGAUAUUCGGCACGGACGCCACAAGCGGCACUCAACCGAUGACCAGUCCAGCGGCAAGCAUAAAUACGCCAGGUGAAAUCGGUUACAAGUUUAGCAGUAUCGCUUAUGCAAAAGGCGCCUCUAUUCUGCGUAUGAUAGCGAAUCUUAUGGGUGUGAAUAAUUUCGAUGACGCCAUUCGCGAUUAUCUAAAAGAAAAUCAUCUGAAGAGCACCAUACCAGAAGAUCUCUUUCAACAUUUGAAGCGCUACUGGCCUACGCAGCCGCAAGUUGACUUGGAACAGUUCUUCACUGAUUGGACCGAACAAGUCGGUUAUCCGGUGCUAUUUGUCAACACCAGUGCUAAUGGUGAAAUCAAGCUUACACAGAAGCGUUUUUUGCUGGAUCGCAGUGAUGAUAGCAAUGACAUACUCACAUAUACUAUACCAAUUACCUACACUACGAAUGCCGAAGCCGAUUUCGAUAAUCUCACAGCACGUUUCUAUAUGCCGAAGGACGGUGACAUGACUUUCGUUGUCGAGAAACCCUACAAAUGGAUACUCUUCAAUCUACAACAGUCCAAUUAUUAUCGUGUGUUCUACGACAAAACCAUAUUGUUGCAGCUUAAAAACGCGCUGUCAACCACAAACCACAGCGGCAUACCGCCGACAAAUCGUGCACAACUCGUCGAUGAUUUGUUCAAUUUUGCACGCGUCGGUUGGUUGGACUACGCCGAGGUAUUUGAGUUUAUGGAAUAUCUAGCGUAUGAAACCGAAUAUCUGCCCUGGUAUGCGAUGUUUACGAACUUGCAGCGCGUGGCACAACGUUUGACAUUACAACAACAGAACGCGUUCGUGAGAUACUUAGUAGAAAUUAUGUCGAGAAUAUACAAAUAUUUGGGUUUUGAACGGAGUAAUGAAACAGUGCUCGACAUCUACAAUCGCAAUAAGGUCAUCAGCUGGGCGUGCAAAUAUCAUAUGUUCGGUUGUGGUCGUGAAGCGCAGCACUUUUUCGAUGCCUCUAAUGCUACUGGUGUGAGGCCAACACCAGAUUUUCGUGAAACCCUCUAUUGUAGUGCGGUACGUGAUGGUAUAACUGCCUAUUAUUAUCAGCUUGAACACUGGUUCGAAAAGGAGCAAUUGGUUAGUGAAAAACAGAAACUCGUACGUGCAAUGGGCUGCACGCGAUUUUUUUAUGAAUAUCAUUUUGCCCGCAUACUGAUCGGUGCGAUACCAAGUGAAUAUGCCACAAUGGCUAUAACGGCAAUGUAUGCGCAGAAUCCCGAAAAUGUAGAGGCUGUCUUCAAUUUAAUCACCCGUUCUAUCGAAAGAUUGGUAGAUAGAAUUGGUGGCUGGUCGAGCGCUGCUAAUCUAAUUAAGGACAUCGCCAACUACUUAACCACGCCAGAGCAGAAACAGUUGCUGGAUGAUUUCGUAGCGGAGAAGGGUUCACUUUUCGGCUCUUCAAUUGCGACGCUGCACGUCGCUGUUUCCAAUGUCGAAUCGAAUUUGGAGUGGGCGAAUACACGCUUGCCUCGGCUGAUGCAAUACUUAGAAAGUCGUAAUGCCGCUGGAUUAAAUGGCAUAACUGCGCUGUUGUUGUUAUUCGUAAGUCUGGUGCAAAGGCUUCUCUUGACUUUAAAUGUUUUUGAAAUGAAAUAUGUGCUACCGCUGGUUUUGGUGCUAAGCGCCCUAUUUUCGAUCAACGCUUACAAAGGCGAACCAUCCUACCGACUGAGCACACUUGUGCGUCCCUUUUCCUAUACAGUUGUAUUGAAGCCAUACCUCUUGGCGUCAGAUGGACCACACCGUUUCACCUUUGAUGGCAAAGUUUUCAUAAUGAUAAAAGUGCACGGCCCUAACGUCAGUGAGAUUACAUUGAAUGCACACAUGAUCAAAGUCACAGGCGCUUGGCUAACUGACAACGAAAUCAAUGUUGGAAAGCUAAUACAAUCGUUUACUACCGACGAAUUGAACUUCGAUGAAACUGCACAGAAAUUAACGCUGAAUUUGAAAGAUCAGCUGCGGCUAAACGGAUUCUAUCUACUACAAUUCCAAUACACCGGUCAAAUACGUGAUGAUGAAAAGGGAUUCUUUCGCGUCAAUUACACGGACAGCGCCGGCAAUGAAAAAUGGAUGGGCCUGACACAGUCGCAAAGCAUACAUGCGCGUAGCAUAUUCCCUUGCUUUGAUGAGCCCACCUUUAGAGCGCACAUCAGCUUGGAAAUUAGUCGACCAGCCAAUUACAGCACAUUUUUCAAUACUGCAAUACUGCAUACUCUGCCAGAUGGCGAAGAUCGAUUUUUUGAUCGUUUUGUCUCAUCACCAGCCAUGCCCACUUAUUUGUUUGCAUUUAUUCUCGCUGAGUUUGUUGCUCAUGGCAAUGAUACUUACAGAAUCAUAACACGUCCUGAGCAUGAGAACAAAACCGACUUUGCCUAUAAGGUGGGGGAACGUGCUACCAAAGCGUAUGAAGAUUACUUUCAAAUACCUUAUAACCAAGCAAUAACUACUAUGCAAAUGGCAGAAUCGCCGAAAUUUCCAUUUCACGGUAUGGAGAAUUGGGGCUUGAUUAUUUACAGAGAUGAUAUGAUCGUGCACGAACCGGGUUAUACGGACGACUGGUCCAAUAAACAGUUAACUCUCUCGAUAAUAAUGCAUGAAAUUGCGCACAUGUGGUUCGGCAAUAGUGUCACAAUGAGCUGGUGGAACCAUUUCUGGUUGAAUGAGGGAUUCGCACGCUACUUUCAGUACAUUAUGACGCACAAGCUCUACCAUGAAUAUAACUUACUUGAACAAUUUGUGGUGAAUGAAGUACAUGUGGCAUUUAGUUUAGACGCCUCGAGCAGCACUCAACCGUUGACUAGUCCGGAGGAGGAAAUACAGGCACCAUCAGAAAUUGGUUAUAAAUUUAGUGCUAUCACCUAUGCAAAGGGUGCUUGUAUAAUACGUAUGAUGGCCAAUCUGAUGACUCAGCCGAACUUUGACAGAGCCAUAAGAGGUUACCUCAAAGAAUUUUUAUAUAAAAGCGCCACGCCAGCAGAUUGGUUUAAACACAUUGAACUCAAUUGGCCUACAACGACACCUAUAGAUUUGAAGCAAUUCUUUUACGACUGGACCGAACAGGUUGGUUACCCGGUGCUCUUAGUAAACGCCAGUGCCAAAAAUCUCGUUACACUAACGCAAAAACGUUUCCUGUACGAUUCCGGCGAUGGUAGUAACAGCUCGCUCACUUAUGUCAUACCUAUUACGUAUGCUACGGACUUGGAACCGGAUUUCUAUAAUAAUUUUCCACGCUUUUACUUCUCGAAAGUGCAAAAUAUGACAAUUAACUUUGACAAACCCUUCAAGUGGAUCGUCUUCAAUCUGCUACAAUCCAAUUACUAUCGCGUCUUCUACGAUCGGACCACAUUGUUUAAUAUUAAAGCGGCGCUAAUGGAACCGCGCCACAGCGAAAUACCGCCUUCAAAUCGCGCACAAUUAAUCGAUGAUUUAUUCAAUUUUGCACGCGUCGCCAUGUUGGACUAUGAGACGGUAUUUCAAUUUUUAGAGUAUUUAGCGCAUGAAACAGACUACUUGCCAUGGCUUGCAAUGUUCACGAAUUUACCGCGCGUGACAGAACGUUUAAACGCGCCGCAACAAAAGGAUUUUGCCAGUUUUCUAAAUGACACUAUGGUUAAGGUCUACACACACCUGGGCUUUACGCUGCCUAAUCUCACCGUUAUCGACACUUACAAUCGCAUUAAUGUCAUUAGCUGGGCAUGUAAAUAUCAUCUAUUCGAUUGUGAUAAGCAAGCGCAGCAGCUGUUUAAUAACUUCAAGAGGUCUGGCGUGAAACCGACACCAGAUUUUCGCGAAACAUUCUAUUGCAGUGCGGCGAGAGAAGGUACCUUUGCCUUUUAUCAAACGCUGAAAAACUGGUUCGACGAUGAGAAAUUGGUUAGUGAGAGGAAGAAACUGGUGCGCGCCAUGGGUUGUACGGGGCACUUGUAUGAAUAUCAUUAUGACAAGAUUAUCAGUGGUUAUAUACCGCGGGAGUACGCUAUUGAGGCCAUUACUUCAAUGUAUAAGCAGAAUCCGGAGAACGUGCAAGCCAUAUUGGUUAUGCUCACUGACUCCAUCGAAAGACUAGCCGAGAGAGUUGGCGGCUGGUCGCUUGCUGCGGAUGUGAUCAGUGACAUUGCAAAUUACCUCACCACACAUGAGCAGAAGAAAUUAUUGGAAGAUUUUGUUAAGGAAAAAGGCUUACUCUUUGACAGCGCCAUACCAAAGCUACAUCACGCCAUCUAUGUGGUGGAGUCCAACUUGAAGUGGGCGGAAACGCGUUUACCGAGACUUGUCAAGUACUUGAAGAAAUCGCAGGCGGCGUCUAUAAGCUGCUUACCUGCCGCGUUGUUUAUCUCCAUAAAUCUAAUCCAUAUUUAUUUUUAAGCGUGUUUUUGAUUUAUUUAUUUUUUUUUUGUUGUGAUUUUUGUGUUUUUAGUUUAAAAUUAUAUUAUUUUACUUAUCGAUUUGAGUCUUGAGCAUUUUAACCGAUACAUUUACACAUUUAACUUAGACUUAGCCUUAUAUUUAAGCCGAACUAAUACAUUUGACAUUCGGUUCCUUGGUUGGCUUUCAUAAAGCCAGCAAUUUGGAUAUAAUAAAGAUUGACUUUGCAGCUAUAUUUUAUAAUGAAACAUCGCUGACCUUUAAAAA